ACCACCCAGUAGUGGAGAAAAUGAGGGCUGGAGUAUGGAGCUUAUUACUGCUGUACAUCUGCAAGCACACAGAAAUGGUUCCCGCCCUUCCUCAUAACCCAACAAGUCCAGCUCACUCAUUCUCUGCCCUUGUUACCCCUACUGAGGAUGAAAGCAUAGAAUUGGUGGAUUGGCUGACAAGAUAUGGCUAUCUCCCACCUCCAGAUCCUUCCACUGGCCAGCUGCAGGCAUGGACAGCUGUUACACAGGCUGUAAGAGCCAUGCAGAAAUUUGCUGGUCUCAAAGAAACAGGAGUUGUAGAUGGUGACACUUUGAAUUUGAUGCGCACUCCACGAUGUUCACUUCCGGAUGAGGGUGGGGAUGGAAUUGUGCCUCCUCUACACACAGAAAAUCAUCAUCACAGGCAAAAAAGGAGAUCUCCUUCUACAUGGAGCCGCAGAAGCAUCAACUGGAGGCUGCGCUCAUAUCCUACCUCCACUGCACUUUCCCGUGAGAUGAUUCGUUCCCUGGUGUUCUAUGCUCUUAAAGUCUGGGCUGAGCCUACCAAGUUGGAAUUCCAUGAGGUGGCAAGUCCCGAGGGAGCAGACUUACAGGUGGACUUCCUGCAUGGUUCACAUGGUGAUGGCUUUCCCUUUGAUGGGGUAGGAGGAGCUGUGGGACAUGCUUUCUUUCCAUCGGACCCCGACAGAGCUGGUGGGGUGCACUUGGACUCAGAGGAAGACUGGUCUUUCAGACAACCAGCUUCUGAGGGUACAGAUCUGUUCACAGUCCUAGUGCAUGAAUUUGGCCAUGCCUUGGGUCUGUCUCACUCCUCCUCAAGACAUUCUGUGAUGAGACCGUAUUACCAGGGCCCUGUGGGGGACCCUCUGCGCUUUACCCUGGGGUCCCAGGACAGGGAGCAGAUCACUAAGCUGUACGGUAAGCAAGACAACCUGCUGACCACAGAUUUUCCAGAUUUAUCCCUGCAGCCUCAUUUGAGACACAGAGGGCAUCGUAUUGCUGAAAAACACAGCAACGAAGCUGAUCGUUGCACAACCAGCUUUGAUGCAGUGGCCAGAAUAAGGGGGGACAUGUUUUUCUUUAAAGAUCUUAAUAUGUGGAGGGUGAGUAGUGGAGGGCUGGUAUCAGAGAAGGCAGCCUCUAUUCGGCGCAUGUGGGGAGGCCUUCCCCCUAACCUGUCUCCUCUUCAGGCGGUGUUUGAGAGACGCUCAGAUCACACAAUAGUCUUCAUCACCGGGUCCCAGUUCUGGUUUUUUAAUGACCUUGCUCUCCAAGAAGGGUAUCCACAACCACUUCAUGUCCUAGGGGUUAGAGGAGGAGAGCAAGGGCUGGUGUGGGAUACAGAAAAGGGUGUGGUUUGGGGAGAUAAAAACAAAAGAAACAGUGAAAGACUAGAGAGUGAGACCUGGAGAGAACUGCUGUCAGAAGGUGUGAAUGGAAUCACCACAGACAGUGAUGGUUCCAUCUACAUUUUUAAAGACCAUUUGUAUUGGAAGUUUUCUCAUCCAGGCUCUGCCCCUGAUGCAGGAUAUCCUCGAGCCUUAGCUACUGAUUGGCUUGACUGUCCUCGGCCCUCGUCAGCUCUUCCCGAGGGUCUCUCUUUUGGUCCUCCCACUGGUAGACAGGAGUUUCAUGGAAUGGAAACAAAGCAAGAGAGAGACCAAGAAAUGGAAGACAAGAAGCGGUUCAGGAAAGAUAGGGGCAAAAUGGCAAAAGAGCACUUUGAAAGAGAAAGAGAUAGUCUGGAGCACUGGCUUUGUUCAAAAUGA